UAAACACCAUAAAAGUACCAGCAGCAUAGCUGGUGUAUUACUGGAUGGAUCCAUUUCGGAAAGAAAGUUACUUGUUAAAGUUUCAGCAACAAAUCAUGAAGAUAAAUUUCAAUUUGCGGAAACCCGAUGCACAGAAUUACAAGAAAAACUCUCAGAUAUUAUUAAUUCCAAAAGACGCAAAAACUUGAAAAAAAGAAGUGCAACUGGAAUCAACACUAUGGGAAAGAUGUCGGAGUUCAACUCAGAUUAUGUCACAAUAAGAAAGAAGAAUCCUAAAAAACAUUGUAAGGAGGAAACAGUUUGCGAAUGGGACAAUGAAUUUGCACAAACAGGCAAUAACGUCGCAACUGGUAAGAACUCUGUAGGAAAGAUGUCCGAAAGCAAUGCAGAUUAUGUAACAAAAAAUAAAAAGAAUACAAAAAGACAAUGUAAGAAAGAAACAACGUAUUGCGAGUGGGACAACGAGUUUGCACAAACAGGCAAUAAUAUGUCACCAGUACACGAAGACAAUGGCGUAAGAGGCGACGGAGAAAACCAUGCAUCCAAAUCAUCGCGUCAUAGCGUGAUUUAUAAGACAAGAAGACGCCCUAAUGAUGCGAAUGAAAAUCCGAUACGGCCCGUAGUGGAACUGUUUAAUAUAAAUCGCAGCGAGUCCUCAGGUGACACUUGGCGAGAUAAUUAUGCUGCUUCACAAAUGAAACAUAGUGGCGGUGGUUACGCUGCCGUACGGGGCACCGCACCCGCUCCUCUUGCUGACAGUUAUACCGAAAGUGGAGAUGAAUCUAAAAGGAGCAAAAAAAUAAGGAAAGUUAUGAAGUUUAUGGUGCGGCGCUAUGAGUUGCCGACUGUGUCGUCUCGGUCGAAGCAAAGGAACACUAAGGCAUACGAGCCCAGCACAAAUAAAGCACACAUUCCUUUUGUGACAUCCAAAUCGGUAACGCCGUCGCAUAAUGUGGGCCUGAACAUUCAACAGGUUUUGCACGGCCUCAAAAUUAAUCAACCAAUAUCAGAAAUUCCAUCCACAAUGGCUCAUCACAUGGGCCUCCGUCACUGCACUAGCGACGCGGGUGUUAAGGCUGAGGUCCAGGUUAAAAAAUUGAAUGUGCUGAAGCUCGGAAAAAUAACUCUGACGCUGCCGAAAUAUAAAUCAAUGUCAUUCGAUCAGCUGUUGAGACUGUAUGAAUCUAAUAACGUUAUCGUAGGAAAAUUUCUAAAAACCGCCAGUUGCCGGAAAAGUAUGCCCUUUUUGAAGAAAAUCAACCCUCCAAAAGCUCUUCCUUUUAAUUGCCAUACGGAGGACAGCGACGAUCAAAUUGACCAGCAGUCUUACAGCAGCAAGCCGCCGCGCUGAAAUUGUUCCCUUUGAUUCCUUUUGAAAAUUAACAGUUUUAUUUUGCUUCUAAUAAAUGAAGUAUAAGAAGAAAUGUUGACAACGUACAUACUGCUUUUAAUCAAUG